CGGCUGGAAAGGAGACUCCGGGCUGGGGUCGCGGUGGGAGUCUGGAAGCGUCUGUUUCUCUGUGGCGUCGGGUUCGCGAGCGGAGUCCGUCGGUCCCGCCGAGUGCUCCCGAGGCGGGGCAGAGUUCUAAGGGUUUUGACUUUGGUCUGUUUUUAAGGGGAGGGGGUGUGAACAGGGAAGAGAAUGGACAGGAUACUGACUGGAACGUUAAUUGGAGCAUUUCCUAAGCGAAGAGCCAUCUAAUUCCAUAUUCUUCUCCCUUCAUUUGCUCCAUUAGGGCUAACUUCAUUUCUGAAUCCUCCGUGUUGAGAUCGUACAGUGCGUUUGGCCUGUUUCAGGGGUGACAGGUUAAUCCCAUCCCCGCGCAUUUUAAUUAGGGCACGCCACUCAACCACGUGUUAGCGAUGGAAUUUCUGAAGACUUGUGUGCUUAGGAGAAAGGCAUGGACCACGGUUUGCUUCUGGAGAAGCCAAGUUAUACAAAAGCUUUCCGUUAGAAAGAUCGGUACUACCUCUCCGAGGAGCACUGUCAUGCCCGCGUGGGUGAUAGACAAAUACGGGAAGAAUGAAGUGCUUCGAUUCACUCAGAACAUGAGGAUGCCCAUCAUACACUAUCCGAACGAAGUCAUUAUCAAAGUGCACGCUACGAGUGUAAAUCCCAUAGAUGUUAAUAUGAGAAGUGGUUAUGGAGCUGCAGCUUUAAAUAUGAAACGUGACCCUUUACAUAUUAAAAUCAAAGGAGAAGAAUUCCCCCUGACUCUGGGUCGGGAUGUCUCUGGUGUGGUGAUGGAAUGUGGACUUGAUGUGAGGUACUUCAAGCCUGGAGAUGAGGUCUGGGCUGCAGUUCCUCCCUGGAAACAAGGCACUCUCUCAGAGUUUGUUGUAGUCAGUGGGAAUGAGGUCUCUCACAAGCCCAAAUCACUCACUCAUACUCAAGCUGCCUCUUUGCCAUAUGUGGCUCUCACAGCCUGGUCUGCCAUAAACAAGGUUGGCGGCCUGAAUGAAAAAAAUUGCACAGGAAAACGUGUUUUAAUCUUGGGUGCUUCAGGUGGAGUUGGUACUUUUGCUAUACAGGUAAUGAAAGCAUGGGAUGCUCAUGUGACAGCAGUUUGCUCUCAGGAUGCCAGUGGACUUGUAAAGAAGCUUGGGGCAGAUGAUGUAAUUGAUUACAAAUCUGGAAAUGUGGAAGAACAGUUGAAAUCUUUAAAACCGUUUGAUUUUAUCCUUGAUAAUGUUGGUGGGUCCACUGAAACGUGGGCUCUAAAUUUACUCAAGAAAUGGUCAGGAGCCACAUACGUGACUUUGGUGACUCCUUUUCUCCUGAACAUGGACCGGUUGGGCGUAGCAGACGGCAUGUUGCAGACGGGCGUCACCAUGGGCUCUAAGACACUAAAGCAUUUCUGGCAAGGAGUCCAUUACCGCUGGGCCUUUUUCAUGGCCAGUGGUCUAUAUCUGGAUGACAUUGCAAAGCUGGUGGAUGAAGGAAAGAUUCAGCCAGUUAUUGAAAAAACCUUUCCUUUUUCUGAAGUUCCAGAAGCCUUUCUGAAGGUGGAAAGAGGACAUGCACGAGGAAAGACUGUAAUUAAUGUCAUUUAAAUAAAUAGUGUUUGGUGAUUA